GAACGGUGACUUCCGGUCAGGGCGACGAUGACUUCCUGCUGCCGAUGCACCGUUUGUAUUCACUUAGGUUCGGUGCGUCGUGUGAUGUCAUUUUGUACGAUCAGUGGUGACGUUCGAAAGAUAAUUCGGGUAAUCGAGUUCGCGAUCCUCGUGUCUUUCUAGUAAAAAAAAAACAGAUAGAAAAUAGAAAGAGAGGAAAAAUGUCAGAGAUUGACGCAAAAGUGAACAUGUCGCUCGGUAAGUGGCCAGAAUCUCGAAAGUUUAGCGGUUUCGCUGAUAAUCCUGGGUGAGCGUACGGCUACCGUUUCUUUUGCACGAAUUCAAUAUGGCGACGGAAAAAAAUCCGUAAGCGUAGAUAUAUCCACCAAUUUAUUUUCGUUCAUUCACGCCCAACGAUAGAUAACGAUCCAAAGAAAGUGCGUCCCAGCGACGAGCCUUAAUUAAUUCCGAAUUAACUCCUAGCCACGUUUAAUCGUUGUCGAUAAACCAGAUAUCAGAAUGGGACCUUUCAAUCGCUGGAACAAAAAAAAAUGUCCUUGGGAAUUUACAAUGCAUUUGGCACGUUCGUGGCGAUGUGUUACGCAUUCUUCGCAAAUAAGAAUCGAGGAAAUGGGACCCCGUUCGAUUCGACCAUGUUGAUUGAUAGAUACGUUCUCGUGAAUUCACCGAGUAAUAUAGUGGAAAAAAGAGAAAAAUAGCUGGCACAAAGGAUUACGAGAUUUCUGGGAGAUACUCUGUAGGAUUAUUAAGCGGAAAUUGGAAAAUUGACGAACAUGAAACCCGGGACGCUAUUUUGGAUGUUGCCGCAACUGAGGCUAUGACUCAUACUUCACAGAAAAGAAGUCAACUUUCUCGUUGCGUGGGAUACGCACGCGUUUGCGUAACUUUAGUUGUAUUUUUAUCGCUGCUAUCAUGUUCCUCGAGUUUCUCUUCUUUCGUCUGAUGAACUUGAUUCAGUGCACCAUGUACGAUACACAGGAGACUGAUUAUUUUAUCUUCAGUGUAUAAUGUAAUCUAACGACACGAAGCGUAUGCGAAAGGUUCUAUCCGAUUGUUAAAUUGUUUCAUUAAUUUGUUUCCGAACGAAAGUAAAUGUAUUUACACAACGAGCGGUUAUCACCCAGAACAGAUUACACUUUAACGGUUAAACACGUUUGAUUUGAAAAUUUGAAAGUUAAGAUUGACAGGAUAUUCUGUGGAAAUAGUUUGUUAUAUGUAUAUGUAUUCGAAUGAUAAAUAAUGGAGAAAAUCUUGAAUGUGCCGUAAGACGUUUGAGCAGAUAAGAAGUCUGAAAAAUCCCGAGCGAACCACACGUUUGUCCGGUUACAGUGGCUGGACAAAUUUUGUGUUGUCUUGUCUGCUACUAAUGCAAUAGGAGAAGAAAUACGUCGACGAUAACUACAGAUUCAAUUUAAAAUGGAAGAAUGGAAAAUUACACAAUCUUAAUUCAAGAUCUAUACUGUACCAAAAAAACGAGAGUCGAGCAAUGUUAAUACGAAUAUCAUAUAAUUUUCCUGGAUUAUUCUUAUUCGAAGAAACUAUUAUGGAAAAUAAUUGGGAGAAAGUUCAUUCGUUUCGUUCAAGAAAUAAUGUGGAAGAAAUGAUAAUGAAUAAGCAAAUUAGUGAAAACUACAGAAAAAGAGACGAUAAUCUAAUUAAGAAAUAAAAAGAUCAUAAGUCAGCGAAGAUUAUUUUAUGUCGAGUGCAGAAGAUAUUUUGAACUCGACGAAAGUGUUAGGAUUCAAAGAGGGAGAAUAAUACGGAGCCAAGAGUCAAAGAAAACAUCAGAAGAAAAAGAUUACAUUCGCGAUUGGAUGCAUUACUUGGAGUAAUAGUACCGAUGGAUGUAUAACAGUAUCAUUGAAGGAUUGCGAAGAAGGUCUGAUAACGAAGGAAACAACAUGUUUAUGAGAUCAUAAAGAUGGAGAAAAAGGAGAAAAAGAAAAAGGCUGGGACUGCCAACGGAAAAGCUGGCCCGAAACGCACACAAGGUAGUGCGAGAGGACGGAGUGGUGGACUAAGGGGUAGAGGCGCAAGAGUUAAACGUAACGUUGGAACUGCCAAGAAAGAGCAAACAUGGCAACCUGGACAAAAUAAUAAUAACAAUGUGCGUGGGGGUUUCAUAAGGAAACGAUACAAGAAAAACAAUGGUCUGACCAGAUCACGAAGCAACUUGACAUUGAAUCAGAAAUCAAACGCACGAGGUGCUUUCAAUGUUCGCCGUGGUCGAGGCAAUAGAUUUGGUUUGACUCGUAGUAGAAGUCGCACAAACUUGACUUUUACUCAAGGAGGAUUUUUCACCAAUAAUAAAACUCCGUUGAAAAGAACGAACAGUCUGCCAAAUUUGCGGGACCCAACUUCGGUUCACAACCGAUUGGGAUAUCAGAGUCCUGCUCAAAUUGCUUACCGCAAUCGUGUUAAAAGAGCAAAACAGUUGUUGCUGCAAAGACAAAAUCAAAGAUUAUCAUUGCAAAAUCAGUUCAGAGUACCACAGGCAGGGAAGCCUUUGCUGUCGCUCCAGCAGAGAAACGCCAUAGAGAGAAGACAACAGAUUUUAACAUCUCAGCGUCGUUUCACUACAGGCGGAUUACGUUCAGAUCAGAUUGCCAGAGCCCAGAGACGCGCGCAAUACGAACAGAAACUGAUGAGACUAAAUUCCCCACGAUUAAGUACUAAUUCAAAUGUGAACUUCAUGUGUACCUUGGGAAACGAAUAUACCCCUAGCACACAUCAACGUCCACUUGCUCUUACACCGAGUCGAAAUGGAAGUGCUGUGAACAGUUUGCGUCAGUUACCCAGGGGACGUUCACCGUUCAGACAGAGUGUACAAAGUUUAAAUAUGGUUGGUCGGUCACCAUUAUUUGGUCGACAGCGUUCAAGGUCCAGAUCACGUUCCCGUUCUCGUACACGUAACACACCUUCGUCGGACACUGGAGCUGACGUCGACGAUCGUACCUUCAGCGAAGUCAUGUACAGCUUAUCCGGGAAUCUCGGCGUUACGGACAGAACGUUAAACGAUAGAUUUAGUUUUUGAAUUUAUUGAAACGAUUUGUUUUGUAUUUAGAGUAUAAGACUGUUGAGGCCAGAGGUGAAAGUUUUAUGCUUGAAACAUAUAGAUACACGGGGCAACAUUGUCUUACAAAUUCUAUUAAUAUUUAAGUUGUAUCACGUGCAAACAGACAAGUAACUAGUUUCCUCGCAUGUACUUCUGAACUUUUUCUUGUUUUGUAUUUCUAAUAUGAACAUUUAUCUUUAAGUCGUAGAGCGUAGAUGAUUUACGUUUUGAGUAUAUUAAGAGUAUUAGACACGGAUAGAAUUUUUAAUAAAAUUUCAUAUCUUUAUUAUUUUCAAUAUCUCUGACAUUACCUCACAAUGCUUUGAUUUGCAUAUUAUUUGGUUAUUAUUUCGUUUCUUUUUUUUCUCUCGAUUACGACUUUGUACAAACAAACUCGCGUUACGUUUAUAAAAUAUUAUAAAAAUUGCCUAAGGUUGUUUAAAAAGUUUUUAUAUUAAGACACGUUUGAUGUUCAAAUGCUUUGAACAUUGGGAAAUUAUUCAAUUUUUUAUGAUUCUCUUAAUUUGCAACUCGAGUAUUGGUGAUUUAUGGAAAGCGAAGGCCUCGAUAAAAAUUUUGUUUGCUCCAUUGCGUUAUACACGUCAUCUGAAGUGUGAAAUAUAAUAAUAAGUAAAACAAGAUACUGUAACUGCAUACGAAUUAUCGGAACAUUAGAAAUUUUGUUAAGGACGUAGUUCCUAAGAUAAUCGUAAGUCUGAUUUAAUAAGAAACUACUGUUAUCAUUAAUACGCUGUAUUAAUAACACAAGCCGACUUAUAUUUGAAACGUAUCCGAGUUAUAUCUAAACCGAUAUACCAAUGAACUAUAAAUAUACAUAUAACGAUAAUGAUGAUGAUAAUGAUGAUAAUGAUGAUAAUGAUGAUAAUGAUGAUAAUGAUAAUGAUAAUAAUAAUAAUAAUAAUAAAUGUAGCAUGAAUUUCAUAAUUUCUGGUUACAAUUGUUUGAUAAUUGUGAACGCUUGUAAGAAAAUCUGUAAUUUCAUUCUAUAUAGAUGUACAAUGUAAA